UUCCAAAAGUGAAAGCGUUCAUGGGGAAUGAAGUUUUAUUUGUUGCUCACCGAACAUGUAAAGCUCUCCGUUAGAACUACAGCUCCCAUGUGAAGCAAACAAGUGGGAGGUUCAUCAACAGGUGUGGAGCUUCAUUCAUACCUUCAAUCAGCAGGAGUUCUGCAUUUAACAGCAGCAAUGACUGAAGGAACGCAGCUGAGGAGGAGAGGUGGACCUUAUAAAACGGAUCCGGCCACAGACCUGAGCCGCUGGAGGCUGAGGAACGUGGAGGGCCGGCAGACCUGGGCCUACGUGGAAGAUCAUGAGACCCCAGACAGAGAGCAGACCAUGCUGGAAGCUCAUUCUCUGGGCCUGGACAUCAGCAUGUUUGUGUCAGACUCCCCUGCCUCUGAAAGUGCUGUAGAAGCUGCUUUUAAAGGAAUGAACUUCUACAGACGUCUCCAGGCUGAGGACGGCCACUGGGCCGGAGACUACGGCGGGCCCCUCUUCCUGCUCCCAGGUCUCCUUAUUACCUGUCAUGUUGCAAAGAUCCCUCUGCCAGAAGCCUGGAAGAAGGAGAUGGUGAGGUACCUACGCUCCGUUCAGCUGCCAGACGGAGGUUGGGGUCUACAUAUUGAGGAUAAGUCCACCGUGUUUGGAACGGCUCUGAGCUACACGUCUCUCAGGAUCCUGGGGGUGGGUCCUGAUGAUCCCGAUCUGGUUCGAGCUCGUAACAACCUGCACAGUAAAGGUGGCGCCGUCGGGAUCCCAUCGUGGGGUAAAUUCUGGUUGGCUAUUUUAAACGUCUACAGCUGGGAUGGGCUGAACACGUUGCUGCCAGAGAUGUGGCUGUUCCCCACCUGGAUGCCAGCCCACCCAUCAACCCUGUGGUGUCACUGUCGCCAGGUCUACCUGCCUAUGAGCUACUGUUAUGCUGUCAGACUGUCAGCAGAGGAAGACCCCCUGAUCCUCAGCUUACGACAGGAGCUGUAUGUGCAGAACUAUGAGACCAUUUACUGGCCCGCUCAGAGGAACAACGUGGCUGCAUGUGACCUAUACACGCCUCACAGCACUCUGCUCACCAUCGCCUACAUGGUGUUGAACAUGUAUGAAGCCAACCACAGCAGCACGCUGAGAAAGAAGGCCGUCAGAGAGCUGUUUGACCACAUCCAGGCUGACGACCGCUUCACCAAAUGCAUCAGCAUCGGACCGAUCUCCAAGACAAUCAAUAUGCUGGUUCGCUGGUAUGUGGACGGUCCCAAAUCAGAGGUUUUUAAGGAGCACGUCUCCAGGAUCCCAGACUACCUGUGGUUGGGACUGGAUGGAAUGAAAAUGCAGGGAACCAAUGGCUCUCAGCUCUGGGACACGUGCUUCGCUGUCCAGGCUUUUCUUGAGGCUGGAGCCCAGGAUGACCCUGAACUGAUGGAAUGUCUUCAAGAAGCCCAUGAGUUCCUCAGAAUUACUCAGAUUCCCGACAAUCCCCCUGAAUAUAAGAAAUACUACAGACAGAUGAACAAGGGCGGCUUCCCCUUCAGCACCCGUGACUGUGGCUGGAUCGUGGCCGACUGCACGGCUGAAGGCCUGAAGUCGGUGAUGCUGCUGCAGGAGCUCUGUCCCUCCCUCAGACAGCCAAUCGCCUCAGAGCGUUUAUACGAUGCCGUCAAUGUGCUGCUGAGCAUGAGGAACAGUGAUGGUGGAUUUGCUACGUAUGAAACUAAAAGAGGAGGAAAACUCUUGGAGCUACUUAACCCCUCUGAGGUGUUUGGUGACAUCAUGAUAGACUACACAUAUGUGGAGUGCACCUCUGCAGCAAUGCAGGCUUUGAGGCACUUCCAGAAGGUCUAUCCUGAUCACCGCACUGAAGAGAUAAGAUCCACUCUAAGGGAAGGUCUUGAAUACUGCAGGAGGGUUCAGAGGACUGAUGGAUCGUGGGAAGGAUCCUGGGGAGUUUGCUUUACAUACGGGACGUGGUUUGGUCUGGAAGCCUUUGCUUGCAUGGGUCACACCUAUAAGAGCAUAGAUGUGCAGGUUGAGGUGCAGAAAGCUUGUCGGUUCCUGCUGGAGCACCAGAUGUCUGAUGGAGGCUGGGGGGAGGACUUUGAGUCGUGUGAGCAGCGGCGCUACAUCCAGAGCAGCUUGGCUCAGAUCCACAACACCUGCUGGGCUUUGUUAGGCCUCAUGGCGGUCAGACAUCCUGACCAACAGGCCAUUGAGAGAGGAGUUAAGCUGUUGAUUGAUAAGCAGCUUCUAAAUGGAGACUGGCCUCAGGAGAACAUUUCUGGUGUGUUUAACAAGAGCUGUGCCAUCAGUUACACCUCCUACAGAAACGUCUUCCCAAUCUGGACCCUCGGACGCUUCUCAAGGCUUUAUCCCAGCAGUCCAUUGGCUGGGAAGCUGAAGCUGUGACAUCCUGCAGAAUAUCACAUCUGAAAUCUACCUUAACUCUGAUGUUUUCUUUCAUGGUUGAUCAGAACAUUUUUAAUGUUAGGUCUAAACCAGAUAACACAAUGAUCAGUCAGAGUUAGUGAAAUAGGUCUCUACAAAUGGUAGUUCCCAAUGUGCCACAAGCAGGCAAAAGAGUUUAGAGGUUCUGAUGCUUGGAAUUUCAGAGUUCCCUGAUUCAUUGUUUAUUAUAUAUUAAGUAAUUUAUUUGAUUUUUUUUUUCAGCUUCACUUUAAGCUAGCGUUUUCCACAUAGUUUGCUUCAUUAACACUGAAAGGAUCCUUAGAAAGAUGUCAGACUCAAUCAGCCAGGUGGAAGUCUUUGGUCAUUUUCCAGGUCUUGUAUUUGCUAAUUAAUCAGUAACCAUGCAAACA